UGCACUUCUUCCUAUCAACGUCACGUCUUGACAAGUCGCGAUCGAUCAUUUGUACAGGCAGUACACUGGUCAUACCCAGCUGCAUAGUCAUCGGCUUUUGACGCGCUUGGAUAUAAUAUCCAUUCAUCGCGUCCAGCCGCCAUUUUUCUGUGCCUUGCGUGAGCAUCAUCGCGCUUUCCACACUUGAUCGCACGCUCCUGCUUCACUCGCGACCUGACCCUCCGCACAACAUGGCGCACUUUCCUCCGUGGCCUCCUGCCGCUGGUUCACCUUCUGCGCAUCCUUCCAGCUAUCCACCACCGCCUCCUCUUCCUCCAUCGACUGCAGGACAGACCAUGGCAUUACCGCCAGAGCUGCAGGCCCUGAACAUCACACCUCAGCAAAUGGCUGCAUUGUUAACUCAUCUUCAAGCUGGCACUUUUCCCUUUCCUCCUCCGCCGCCGCCGCCGCCACCACCACCACAGACCUUCCAGCCGAAUGCUGCCUUUGCACCAGUGCCCUUUCCGCCCCAUGUUCCGACGCAGACUCCUGUCGGUCAGAGCCUGCCGACACCGACUGCUGUACCAUCGCAUAUGGACAUCGACCGCGAGGAGGGUGAAGUCAGUGAUGUGUCUGGACGCCCCAGCCGCGUACCAACUGCGCCUGGUUCGAAGAAGCGAAAGUCGCGUGCCUCUCAAUUGGCACACCGUACAGCUCCCCAUCAGCCUAGCACACCCUCGACUCUCGCAAAGAACAAUCCCGAUGUAAGUCAGGUUUCUCUGCAGCAGAAGAGAGACGCUGUCUUGCCUUUCAUUGCCGCCCUGCACCAGGAGGGCUUCACCUUUGACGAAUUUGUCCGUGAAGGCUUUGAGGAGAAUUUACUCCGUCAAGUCUAUCAAGAUUUGCAAAUAUCCACUGCUCAAGAGCAAGCUCUCAGUGCACACGCACCUCUCGCAGAAACCGCUCCAGCAAAGAUUGUGACUAGCCCUGUUGCCCAGCCUUCUCCCGUGGCCCCCGUUAAGGAAGUAAAGCCAGUUGUGCCCGCCAAACAAGUCGCUCCAAUGAGCCGGCAAGACUACCUUGCUCGCCUGCAAGCUGCGAAGAACAAGAAGGCCGAAGCUGUGCCCUCGAAGCAACCCGUGCAGUCUGCCAAGUCUGCGACUCCUCCGGCCAAAGAAGAGAUCGUGACACCACCAGUCGCGAUUCCAUCCCAAGCCCAAUCAAAACCUCCGCCGACCUCCAACAAGCAGUCUCAGACCACUGAGCUCAUCCGCAAGAAGAUGGAGGCUUUGAAGGCAACUCAACGUCGCUUGGCCAACAGCGGCACUCCUGCCUCUCCAGCAUCAAUCGCAUUACCUACUUCAAAUGCCACGCUCCAGAGCCAACCCAAGCCUACACCUACUUCGCCCUCAAAUUCUUUCGGGAACACACCCUUGGCAUCCUCUCAAAGUGCAAUUGGUAGCUUGAUUCCUGGUCUACGCAUGUCGACUGCCACGGCAAAAUCUCCACAACCCCAACCGCAAGUCCAGUCUGCGCUCUCUGCGGCUCCAUCAUUCUCUAGUGCGUCGACAAACUCGUCGAAUACUUCCACACCUCAGCCUAGUACUACCGCCUCUGCAUCUGUCGCUCGAAAGCGACCAGUUGCAUCGGAUCUGAACGAGGCUCAAGUCAUCAACGACCACCGUCCAUUCAAGAGACCGUUUGGAAGAAGCAGACACAAUAGCUUUGAUGGAGGGAUGAUCAUUCAGGUCAGCGAUGAUGAAGACACAUCUGACGACGAUGAUGAGCUGAGAAGUGCAAAGCCUCCUGUCAAAGCCAGUGCGAUUCUCACAGGCCAGCGUGACAAAAACAUUCGUGAUCUACCACCUCUUCGAGACUUCCCUCAACGCUCAGCAGCUUUCACCAAUCAAUCAGGUGCUCCUACGCCACCAUUGGGCACCCCUGGGAUAUCGAGUGAAGCCGAGGAGCUGCGAAGGAAAGAAUUGGAAAUCAAUUCGCUCAAUCAAAGAAUCAAGGAUUUCGAGAAGCGCAAGGCCGCGAUCAAAGCCAAAGCACAUGCCUUGCAGAGUCAACCCCAGACUCCUUCGCAGAUUGCCUCAGGCUCUGAAAAGACUACUGCGCUUCCUACACCCAAUGCCGCAAAACCAUCUAUCACUGCAUUAGCCGUCAGCGGGUCUAGGGACUCCGUGGAUCGACGCAUUGAACUCAACGCAGCCUUGACAGCACGCAGCGCAGACAUUGUUGAUCAAAAGGCUAGAAUCCUGGAGAUGCAAAGACAAGUGGCCGAAAUGCAGAGACAGUAUGACCAAGAUAUGGAGAAUCAACAAAAGCUUCGUGAGGAAUUAGAAAGCCUUGAUGUCAACACUGAAGGAAUGACCCAGUUCGAGAUGGAAGCCAAGAAGCAAGAGAUCGAUGAUCUUCAUGAGAUGCAGGCUGCCGGCCUUGCUUCGAACGGCCCUGGAACCGUCGAAGUGACUCAAACUCAGGACGACACAGAUGUUUCCAUGAGCGAAGGCGAGUCUGAUGACUCUUCGGACGACGCGCCAACGAUUAGCCGACCAAUCGCACAAUCUCCUCAGAGACACAGAGACGCAACAGCAUCAAGUCCUGGACGUGCUAGAGUUCUUGAGGAAAUUAGAGCCGAUCGUGCCAAAGCAGAGCAAAACCAAAUCGAAGUGUCAGAGUCUAGCUCUGAAUCCGAUUCAGGCUCUAGUAUGUCCGAAAGCUCGGAUUCUGAGGACGAGGAAGCCGAAGUCCCUCAAUCCAAUAUCCAGAUACCUACGGACGCCUCUGCCAGUAUGAAUCCUGAAUCUGAAGCAGCCAGCGGUUUCAGCAAGCCCACGAGCGCGGAACCCGAAUUCACCGAACCUCAAGACGAGCCUGUAUGGCUAUUUGUUAGAAAUGUACCUCCUAUGGCGACUGAGGACAUCGUCCGCUCCUUUUUUGGAGCUUUCGACGUACAACGCAUACAUCUUCCGCGGCACUCGACCCGCAAGACAGGCACGGGAUCUGGUUUCGUCAAACUUCCCCUCUCACAAGCCGUUGCUGCCAUUGACCAGCUCAGUGGACAUCAUAUACAGACUCGUAAAGUCUCUAUCCAGAUGUCGAAGUUCGAACCACAGCUGCCGCCCUCUCCGUCUCCCGAGCCGAGUUCCGCUUCCUCCAACAGCAGCAGCAGCAGCAGCAGCAGUGAAGAUGACAUGGACAUCUCUACAGACUCUGAAGAUGACAGUGAGGACAACGUGAGCAAUGCUGCGGCCCCUUCCACCAAGCAGCCAGAGGAUGCCCCCGCCGGUUCAUCAGUGGACGAUGCUCCUGAUUCGGACGCGACAUCUUCUGGGGAUGAGGAUGAAGAUAGAAUGGACCUCGAAAGCUCGGAUGCAUCUUCUGAAGAGUAUUCGCCAGAGCCUGCCGCCGUUCCUGUUUCGCCCAUACCCCAGUCGCAAUCCAGCGAAACCAGCAGAACAAACCUCGCUGACGAUCUAGCUCCUGAACUACAGCCGACUGCCGAGCAGCAAGUCGGCGUUUCCGAAGCGGUCAAAGCCACACCUUCUAGCGGCACAACUUUCAAACCAUAUGAAAGUGUGCUCAAGAACUUCAAGGGCUAUCGCUUCCAUCCCGACUAUCCUCGUGAAGUGCAAGGCGGGUAUCGCUCGUUGACGUUCAGUCACCAGAUCGAUCCCAACAAGGAGCUUUGCCGCUUCGAAGUUGCACGUGGUGUUUGCAACGACAGCUCGUGUGAAUAUCAACACUUCCGCGACAUGGCCGUGUCUGGUGCGUCCGAGGGCGCGACCUCCUAAAUUUCCUUUGUUCAUUCCUCAUUCUUCGUUCACGCAUCCAUCCGUUUUUCGACCUGUUGCUCCCAAUCGGCGACCCACGCAUGCUUGGCACAAUGUGGUCGAUGAAACAUCUACAACCCAUUCUGAUUCUCCAUGGUGCGGUAGCUGACGUAGGGCACUGACAUUACAGACGAUGCACUACUCCUUCAGAUGGGCUUGAACGGAAAACCCGGAACAAUCGCAGAAUAUAGACAGGGCCUGAGAGACAUCUUACAGCAGAUGAGAAAUGAUGGCAAUCUCGAGACCGAGG